AUGUGGACGCAGACUCGUUCUCUGGAACACUUAUGGGUCCCCAUCAAUGGGAUCAACUUUGACGCUGUCUACAUGGCCGAGCACAUCGGGUCAUAUAAGCCAGACCUUCACAGCUUUGAGUACAUGAUCGAGUACGCCGGCGCUGAUCUGCUGGUCGCCAGGAACCAGAUCUUGCAUACUGCGCAGGCGCUGUGGCAAGACCACGUGCCUGCCCGCAAGGUCGGAUUGGAUAGCUGCUGGAUCAUGAGGGGAGGCAAGAACAGCGCAAUGGGAGGCGAUUUGGACGAACCUGCUUAUAGCGUGAGCCUGGCUUACCGGUUUAACACACUCUGCGAGAUGGCGGGUGCUGUUGAAAAUGCUUUCCAGAUGCUUUCCAAAUAA